AUGGCAGGCGGCCAGAACUCGAACCAACCACACCACCACAACGACGGCUCUCGCGGCUGGCCCGACGACGACAAUCCAUUCGUCGCCUUCCGCCGUUUCGCCAAUGAGCAGAUCUCGUCGAUGCUCCAGUCGGUCAUGGGGAUUCCAUCUAUGGUCUCCCCUCCAUCGCCCAGCGGAUGGGACGUUUUCGCAGACGACCCAAAUUAUGCCCGAGACUCCCGCUACCGUCAAAGACAAAACGACGACGCCAACGGAACCGAAACCCCCUCCGGCGAUUCAACCUCAGACAACCAUUCUCAGUCGCGAUCGGAAAAUCCUUGGCGCUCUCACGGAUUUGGAGGACGACGGGGCGCGUCUUCCCACGACCUCUUCGAUACGGAUUUCUUCGAUUCCUUCUUCGAUAAAUUCUGGUUCGAUGACCACUUCUCCUCGCGCUUCUUCCACCCAUACCACCGUCCCAUGUUCUCCAACAUGGUGAGCGACGACUCGCCCACCUGGCCGGUCACAUACCUUAUGUUCAGCCCCUAUUCGCCUCUUCAUCUUGAGCGCCAAGCACAAUAUCGAUCUCACCGCGGCGAAAGAGGGGUCUUUUCGUCGCUCAUGUCGUCUUUGAAACCCACUUCCGAGCGCGACCAGUCGGAACCACAAUGGAGAGAGGCUUUUGAGGAUCUCCUGCGACUCGAGAAUGGAAAGCCGAUGCUCGAUCAUGGGUCGGAAGACACCAACAAGCCGGAGACGGGAAGGGAAUGGAUGCAGGGCUUGGUAAAGCGCGGUAGCUUGGGAGAUCGGUGGAAAUACGUUUCUGGCGCGAACGAUCGCCCUUGGUCGGGUAUCACGUUCGACGGGUCUAAAUCCGAGAAAGACGACUCCAGAGGAUCGGAUGAAGACCACCGGAACAACAACGUGAAAGCCGAGUUCAGCUGGAACGCACAGCCCGAAUCGCUAACAGAAUUGGACCUCUACGACCGCUUCCUGAACGACAUCGAGGCUCGUGAGCGUGAAUUUUCCAGAGUGCGCGAGAGCCCUCUCCUUCGUCUAUUAUUGGAUGACAGAUAUGGAAUUAGAGAUGGACGGGAUCCGUCGCGCGAAGAAAAUCACCGAGACGAUGCAGAAACUUGGCUGGAGCUGGUCUCUGGCGGCCAGAGGAAUUCUGUUCCGGACACCGUUCCUGAAAAAGAGCAAACUACCACCACACCAUCGACAGCUGUUGAUACUCCCUCGACAGCAGAGCAGAAGCCCUACGUCAUCUCCACAAAAACCACGACGGAGCGCGUGCGACUCUCCGAUGGCUCUGUUCAGACGAAAACUAUCAAGACAAAACGCUUUGCUGACGGGCGCGAGGAGAGCAACGAGUCUGUAGAGGUCGUCAACCCUCCUCAACACAAUCGGAUUUCCCCAGCGGACCAAGACGAAUCGUCAUCUCAUCAGAAUAAAGACGGCUGGUUCUGGAAGGGUAAUUGA